AGAGAGAUUUUGGAAGACAUGCCAUCAUUCCUCCGUCCCCCACUCACCGGCCCUCCUCUUUUCCUUUCCCUUUCCCUUUCUUUUACUCUCCCAGCGAAAACUUCUCCUCUCUCUCUCUCCCACCUUCAUGGCUACAUCUGCGAGAGAUCCUCCAGACCACCUACCAGAAUCCCGUGCUCCACCGCCGUCUCCGGUUGCCGGAUCACCCACUGACGGAUCGGAAUCACAGGAGAAGGACGAGCUCACCGGAUUUUUGACCCACUCCCUCCACGUCCCCAAACUAAACUUGCCGGACCGGAUCUUCCCCCGAAAUGCAACGCCAUGGAAUCCUCCAGAGAUCAAUUUCCAGGCAUUGGUAUCGCCGCAAAAUGACGGAUCGGCCAUGGAGCUUCUCAAGUCGACGUGGUCGGCGUUUGGGUGCUUCCAGCUCGUGAACCAUGGCAUCCCGCGGGAUCUGAUCGCCACCGGCGAGGUCGCGGCAGCCGCGGCGUUCAGGAUUCCGGCGGAAAAGAAGAAGGCGACGGCGAGGUCGCCGGAGAAGCGAUGGGGAUUUGAACUAGAGGAGGAGGAGGGAGGCGAGGAGUUCUUGUGGUAUCGGAGUAGAAUGAGAGACGAAUUGGCGGGAAUUUGGGCUCCAGGUUACGAGGAUUUCAGUGAUAAAAUUGAUGGGUUAUGGGUGGAGAUUGAGAAGCUUGCAAGCACAAUGGGAGAGAUUUUGUUACAGAUUAAUGGUGCUGGUGGUGCUCAUAUGUGCAGUAAGAGGAGAAGGGAAGAGGAAAUGGAAGGCUCCAUUCUUUGCCUCCAUAAGCACCGUCGGAAUGAUUUGGAUGGUGGAUUAAAGAACGAAGUAUUACGAAUGGCGGUAAGGAGCUUGGAUUGCUUGCACAGCUUCUGCAUGCAUUUUUGCGAAGGGGCUUCCGAGUUUCACAUCUACUCGAAGAGAGGUUGGUUUCAGUUUUAUCCUGGCAAGGAGGCGAUUAUAAUCACCAUCGGUAACCAGAUCAAGGCAUGCAGUGGUGGGCUCUACAAGAACGUGAUUGGAAAGCCUAUUUUCCAGGAUGGUGGCCACCAUGAUUCCAUCUCCAUUUCUUUCCUCUACUCUCAUCCAAUCCGUACCUACACUCGCCCAACUGUGCGUGGGGAAAAAACCAUCUCGCUCGCUCAACAAGUCAUGAUAGCAGCUUGCUUGAUUCUUCUGUGUCACAUUAUAAUUUAUCUAUACGGCAGCAUCUGAUACUUGACUGCAAUAAUUGUGUUUCCCUUCGAGUUAAUAUUGUUUGUCGCUUGUCAGAAAGGACUGCUGCAUCCUCAUACCUUCUGCAUUGAGGAGCAUUGCUUUCCGCGAGCACACUGAGUGUGAGAGUAAUUGCAGAGAGUGAAGGCAUGCGGACUGCAUUUUGUUUUGCCCCGGAGAUCGUUUUUGGAGAUUGGUUGUCAGCUUUCCCGUUUGUCUUUUUGAACAAUACUUUUGACCACCGUUUCUCAUGGUGUAGAUAACUGGAUUUUGCAUGAUAUUACAUGCCACUUUUAUUUGAUGGAAAGGAAGAAAGAUCAAAAGUGGGGAAAAAGAAACUGGAUGUUGAUAUAUUGGCAGCAAGCAACCUUAGAGAAAAUUUGCUUCUAUAUUUUGUUGUUGUU